AUGAUUUUUUUACUCAAUAAUGGCACAGGGUAGCUGUGUGCCAGUACUAAGGACAAUACUCCUACUCUUUCCUAUUCUCCCCUGGGGGUCGGGUGUGGGGUGUGGAGGAGGGGCAGAGAAUAUGGAGAAUAAAAAAAAAAUAUUCUUAAAAAACACACAGUGCCCUUUGGAGAAAAAAAUAUUUUUCUUCUGUACUUCUGCACUUCAGUUCAACCAUUCAAACUACAUUCUAUAGAGAACCCACCACAGGCUCUGAUGAUGUCAGAGCCAAACCAGUCUCAGAGGCUUAUUCUUUGGCCUCUGACUGAAGCCAGGGUUCACAUAUAUGUGCUUUCUGACACAUAUUAUUUCACACAUAUUUUAGAAGUGUUCUCUCUCCAGUUCUGCCAUCUUUCCCAGAUGACAGCCCAGUGUCCAUCAACAUGUUCUAACAUAUUCUUGUUAGGUGCUUCCAACAGAGAGCAGCUGGCAUAUAUGCCAGAAGUCUCUAGCAAAUGGGGCUAGAGAUCCCAUGUCAUGGUUUAAAAUGCAGAUGUGUUUCCCAGCCCAAUCAGGUUUCUUUAUUUCUUAUUCAGAGGAGCAGGGCUGUGCCUCUGUUAGUAUAACACCAUGUCUUGACACCUUGAAAGAAUUAUCUGAAUUCAGUAAGAUUCUUCAUCCAAGUGACUCACAAGUAUUCUAUUCUCUCAGGGGUCUCUCAGAUGCCCUUCUGAUUUUUCUUUAGUACUGGAUAUACUACUCCUCCUAUAUUUACUUAUACAGAUAAUCUCUAACAGUCUAUGCAAGACCAAGUCUCUCUCUCACAAAAAAUGCUCACAAAUAAAUUUUUUCUGGUUUUGGUGGAAACCUCACAGGGGUAUUAGUUACCUGUAGAAAGUAAAAUGCAAUCCUUGCGAGCGUGUUUGCGCUCCUUCCUCCUUGGAUGGACCCUCAAGUUUUCUUGCUCUUCUCACUUUUUCAUAGCUGCAAUGCAGCCAAGUACCAACUGGCACCUGAAAGAAAAUGCAAGAGAUCACCACACAAGUAAAUUUUCUAGCAAAGAGCUGAUUGUGAGGAGAGGACAGGCCUUCACUGUCACCUUCAAUGGAACAGAACAGCCUGAGCAAAACUUAACAUUCAUCGCAGAAACAGGUCCAAAACCCUCAAAGCUGGCUAAGACCCAGGCCACAUUUGGUAUCUCCAGCACAGUGAGCAAGGAGAGCUGGAGUGCAGUUCUACAGUCUACCAGUUCCAACUCUGUGAGCAUCUCCAUCUCCAGCCCACCUAACGCUGUCAUUGGACGUUACAAGCUGAGCGUUCAAACUACUUCCAUCGGCAGCUCCUCUCCGGCAAGCCUUGGCACUUUUGUUUUGCUCUUUAACCCUUGGUCUUCAGGUGAUGAUGUGUUCAUGCCUAACAAGGCUGAGUGUGAGGAAUAUGUGCUAGAAGAGUUUGGCAUAAUUUUUGCGGGCAAUAAAAAUCAUAUCAACAGCUUUGGAUGGAACUUUGGCCAGUUUCAAGGAGAUAUUCUCAAUAUUUGCCUUUCCAUGAUGGAUCGAAGCUUAAACUAUCGUCAAGAUCCUGCCACAGAUGUAUCUCACCGAAAUGACCCCAAAUAUCUGGGCCGCGUUCUCAGUGCAAUGGUCAAUGCCAAUGAUGACCAAGGGGUUCUGCUAGGAAACUGGAGUGGAAAUUAUGAGGGUGGGAAAAGUCCAAGCAGCUGGACUGGAAGUGGUGAAAUCCUGCAAAACUGGAAGAAAUCAGGAUUCAAACCUGUUAGAUAUGGACAAUGCUGGGUUUUUGCAGCAGUACUGACUACAGUGCUCAGAUGUCUGGGGAUCCCCACUCGUACGAUUACAAAUUUCAGCUCUGCCCACGAUGCAGAUGGAAAUCUGCGUGUGGAUGAAUUCUACGAUGCUUCUGGAAAUCAUUUGGACAGGGCAGCUGACAGCAUAUGGAAUUUCCAUGUCUGGAAUGAAAGCUGGUUUUCCCGCAGUGACUUGGGCCCCUCAUACAGUGGAUGGCAAGUUCUGGAUGCAACUCCUCAAGAAGAAAGUGGAGGAAUUUAUCAGUGUGGUCCUGCCUCACGGAAUGCCAUCAAAGAAGGAGAUGUAGAUCUGGACUAUGACUGCCCAUUCGUAUUUGCAGAAGUGAAUGCAGACUGCAUGUACUGGAAUUAUGACACUGCAACUGGAAAGAAAACAUUAAUGUUCUCUAAGUCUACUGUAAUCGGCCAAUUCAUCAGCACAAAGGCCGUUGGUAAAGACGAUCGUGUAGAUGUCACCAAUGAUUAUAAAUAUGAAGAAGGCUCUACAAAAGAAAGAGACAUUUUUAAAAAAGCCCGUAAGAAGCUGGGACUUGAGGAUAAAUUUGAUCCUACAGCACCAACACCACAGGAAAUCGAUCAAAAGCCUGACAUCUCAGGGAAAUUCAAGGUGGCUGGCCCUUUAGAAGUUGGGAAAGAUCUCAAUCUAGUUCUGGUUCUUGCAAACCUACAGUCUGAUGCUAAGACUGUUCAUAUAAAUACGACUGCUUGGAGCACUGUGUACACUAGAAGACCGGUUCAUGAGAUCUGGAAGGACUCCAUAUCUGUCACUCUAUCUCCUAGGGAAGAGAAACAAUUUCCCAUUAAGAUAUCAUAUACUGAAUAUCAACAGCAGUUAACUACAGACAACACAAUCCAGGUAACAGCUUUAUGUCAUGUAGAAGGUGGGAUUCAAGUGCUAGUGCAAAGAGACAUCACCCUGGACAACCCUGCCCUUGACAUACAGGUACUCGGUGAAGCAAAAGUGAAUAAAGAAGUGGAUGUGGAAGUGCUAUUUACCAAUCCUAUUGAUACGGAAGUGAUGGACUGUGUGCUGCAGGUAGAAGGCAAUGACCUGCUCAAAGGAAUUCUUGAGAUAGACGUGCCACCACUGAAAGCCAGUGAGAAAUCCAGUACAAAGUUUAAACUCAUCCCUUUUGAGACGGGUCCCAAACAUCUACUUGUUAAUUUCUCCUGUGAUAAAUUUGCAAAUAUCAAGACCUUUAAACUGGUAAAUGUGACUGACUAACAUGAAGUUAUACAGUGAAUGAUCUGUGUGUGUAUAAAUCAAAUAAAAUGCCGUAAGAAAUCUUGUAUAAGAAAACAAUGAGAAAAUUAGCAAUACAAAACCAUUGCUUCCUCUGAUAAGGGGUUACCAACAUAA